GUCUCCGCCAACCUUCAUGCAUCCUCCGCUCUGCUCAACGCUUACGAUCCUAUGACCAGAUCCGCCGAACGGCCGACACACCUCCGUCUUCCACGAGCGACGAUGCGCCCACCAACUCGACCGAGAGCAUGUCUCGAUGAAAGCGGCACGAGCCAGGUCCGGCACUGGCAUUGAUAAGUCCAUCCAUGAGCUCGAAAGUCAGACCGAAAUCGGGGAGCGGAGGAGAUGCCGAAUGUGCUCGCAAGACAUAAAACGAAGGCUGGGACACACACACACACACACACACACACACACGGAAGCCCCAUCGAGCCCGUUACGACCACCUGCCGGUCGCACCCACCGACCAAUGCUAAGAGGCACAACGGACCGGUGAUGCGCUUCGCAAUACCGAGCGAUCAUUCUCGAAGUGGCAACGAGGAGGGUGUGGACUUCACCGCGGAACUGCUGGACAAGGCGGACAAGGCGGACAUUGAGCCCAUGUUCGGGGAGGAGGUGCAGCGUUUGGUGGAAGCUAGUCCGGCGAAGAGUGGGAAGUUGCGCGCUGACAAGGUGAUACCAUAGCUUCACACUCGUGGUUGAGUGGACGCAUGCCGCAUUCCCGACU